GAGAGCUUGUUUGAUAUAAAUGUCACUAAAUCGAAUCAGCCAUUGCAAAAGAAAAUUAAAAUGAAGGUGAAAUAUGUGCAAAAUUCUGAAAAUAAUGAAGAUAUAGUGAAAAAAGGCACAAAGACUGUAUAAAUUGCAGCUAUUUCGUUACAUAGGCCUCUAAUGACAUAAUCAUUCGUAUAAACAAAAAAGUCAAAAAAUAUCUGGACAACGAAAGUACCAUUUUUGACAAAGCACAUUAACAGUUCUUAGAUUGCUGAGACUUUUUGUGAAGCUUUCAUUUAAUAAUUUUAUAAAAUUGAUACACAAGACAAAAAUAUGUCGUCGGGUACGUUUGUGGAUCGAAUUGACCCUUUUGCUAAGAGGUCAUUAAAGAAAAAAAGCAAGAAAUCACAAGGUUCAUCUCGCUACCGGAAUUCUCAAGAUGUAGAGCUUCAACAAUUGCCACUUCUUAAAGUUGAAAAUUCAAGUCUCGAACAGGAGGAGCUUUUUAUCCGAAAAUUGAGACAAUGUUGUGUAUCGUUCGAUUUCAUGGACCCUGUAUCAGACUUGAAAGGUAAAGAGAUUAAACGAGCCGCUCUAAAUGAUUUAUCAGCAUAUAUUACUCACGGAAGAGGUGUACUUACUGAACCUGUCUACCCCGAAAUAAUUCGAAUGAUAUCAGUAAAUCUAUUUCGGACAUUACCACCUAGCGAAAACCCUGACUUUGACCCUGAAGAAGAUGAUCCUACAUUAGAAGCUUCCUGGCCUCAUUUGCAAUUGGUGUAUGAAGUUUUUUUGAGAUUUUUAGAAUCGCAAGACUUUCAAACAGCAAUCGGUAAAAAAGUUAUUGAUCAGAAAUUUGUCUUACAGCUUUUAGAACUAUUUGAUUCAGAAGAUCCUAGAGAAAGAGACUUUCUAAAAACCGUUUUACAUCGUAUAUAUGGAAAGUUCUUAGGGUUACGAGCGUUUAUUCGAAAACAAAUCAACAAUAUAUUUCUCCGUUUCAUCUACGAAACAGAACAUUUCAAUGGGGUUGGAGAAUUGCUUGAAAUUCUGGGCAGCAUAAUUAAUGGAUUUGCUUUACCGCUAAAAUCUGAACACAAGCAGUUUUUAGUCAAGGUGCUUCUACCGUUGCACAAAGUAAAAUGUUUAUCAUUGUAUCACGCACAGUUAGCUUAUUGUGUGGUACAAUUUUUGGAAAAGGACGCAUCAUUAACGGAACCCGUUGUUAAAGGACUUCUCAAAUUUUGGCCAAAGACUUGCUCACAAAAAGAAGUUAUGUUUUUAGGCGAAAUAGAGGAAAUUCUUGAUGUCAUUGAGCCACCACAGUUUGUAAAAAUACAAGAGCCACUUUUUAGACAAAUUGCUAAAUGUGUAUCUAGCCCUCAUUUUCAAGUUGCAGAAAGAGCGUUGUAUUUUUGGAAUAAUGAAUAUGCUAUGUCUCUAAUAGAAGAUAACAAUAGUGUCAUAAUGCCAAUUAUGUUUCCUGCUUUGUACAGAAUUAGUAAAGAACAUUGGAACCAAACUAUCGUAGCUCUUGUCUAUAAUGUUUUAAAGACAUUCAUGGAAAUGAAUUCUAAACUUUUUGACGAAUUAACCGCCAGUUAUAAAGCCGAACGACAAAAAGAAAAGAAAAGAGAACGUGAGCGAGAGGAACUUUGGAAAAGAUUGCAUGAUCUUGAAAUAACAAGGAUUAAUAAUCAAAGCGACAACAUCGGCAUCGGUGAAAUACCUCAACAAUCAUCAAACCAAGAAAAUAAUUCUGCACUAGCACCUAGUUUUGCCAUGGGAUCUACAACUUUAGGUAAUUCAAACAACAUUACGUCCAAGUGAUCUACCAGCGAUACCUUAUAAUUUAUUACAACAGAUUAUAAAUAAAAUUUAAAACAACCAAUAAAUAAAUAUGAGGGAACGAUCGAUAAAAAAAAUGUUUAUUGAAAAGAAAAAAAUAAAUGAAAUUUAAUUCAUUAAUUAGAAGUUUAAAAACCUUUAUAUUAACUAAAUUUAUAUAUAAAGUAUACAAAUAAAUUUGUUUUUAUAAUGAAAAACAUUUAAAAAAUGAGUAUCGUGAACAUUGAAGUAUAAUGAAUAUUAGUA